AUGAAUAACAUUUUAGAAGUCAGCUACAAGGACGUUUCAUACACAUGGAAGAUCCCAAAGGGUCAUUUCACCAAAUCCGUCAUCGGUGGUCAUAUAUUCGAUGGUUUCCGUAUUAAGAAACCAUUUGAAACAAAACUAUUAAAGGCAAGAUAUACUUGGUAUGGUAAGUAUAACGAUCUUAAAACAGGUAAAGACUUUGGUAAUUUAUGUAGGGCAUUCCAACAAUAUGGUGCUGUCUAUAUUAGAAUUUUUGAUACCGAGGAAGAAUUUCAAAAGGAAGAAUCUAUACCUGUGGAAGGAGACAAUGAAUUCCCUGAUGAUAAAGGUGGAAACAACAACAGGAAUAAUAAAAAUAAUAAUAAUGGCAUAAAUUCUUUAAAAGUUGAUCCGAAAAAAUCUGGAAAUUCAGAAAGUGUUAACAAGGUUAAUGAAAUUAUGAAGAAAAUGGAUAGUUUAGAAGAAUGGGUUAAGAAAUCUUACACGGAAGAAAAUAACAACAAAAGAAUCUUUUUGGAUAUUCCAAUUGGUAAUAAGAACUUGAUUUCAUUUUUUCAAAAUUUGAAAUCUGAAGAUGAUUUAGAAAAAUUAGUUGAUGAAUAUGAAUUAUAUCAAGAUUUGAAGAAACAAUAUGAUGGUCAUAUGGGGAUUGAAAUGUUAUUAGAUGAAGCCUUAGAAAGAAGAAGAUUCGAAACUGAGUCCAAGGAUUCAAGAAAUAAGACUCAAUUGACUACUCAAAAAAUGGAUGAAGUUCUUGCAAAGACUGCUGAAUUGGAAAAAUUCAUCAAAAGGAAAUAUGAAAAUGAGAAAAAGCAAGAUUAUAUUACUAUUAAAAUCCCCAAGAGUGAUGGUUUCUUAAAUGAGUUCUAUUCAAAAAUUACUACCACGGAAAAAUUACAAGAUUUGGCCAUAGGUUACAAUUGGUAUAAGGAAUGGAUUCAAGGCUGUGAUAAUAAUGAACAUCUUGUUAGUUCUGCCAUUUAUCAAGGUAAAGAAUAUAUGAAGGGGAAAAUGCAAUGUGAAGUUAGUAUAAUCGUUCAAAGAAAUGAAACCACAUGGGAUGUAACAUUAGAAAAUAUUAGUGAUGAUCCAUUGCCAAAGGGAAUGAAACUAGUCAUUGAAUCUUAUGAAAGCCCGAAACAAAAGAGACCUGUUGUAGUUCUUUCAACAAAUAUUGGUGGAUUCCCACCAUCCCAUGCUGAUGAAUUAGAAUUGGGCCCAACGAAAAAUCUAAAUGAGGAUUUGAGAAAAUAUCUACGUUCAGUUAUUAAGUUUGUUACAAAUGAAGGUGAAGUCGUAUAUUCUACCGUAUUUGAAGAGGAUUAUUUCACAGGUGAACAUGAAGAAGAAAUUGUAUUUUAUUGCGCAAAGAAAUAA